AUGGAGCUCAUCGUACCUCCCGAUGCUGAAAUCCGAAAAGUGUUUGCAAUUAAUGUGACAUCCGAUAAAUCAAAAAGAUUAUGUAAGGGGUUUCGGAAAGUUUUAGAUAAAGCAUCUCCGACAUUCAACAAAACUUUACUUAAUUUUAGUUCUGAAGAUAACAUUCAGCUAGGAUAUGGACUACAAUCGUGGAAAUAUUUUCACAUGUAUGAUAAGGAGCUGCGGAGACAGUUAAAGUUUCAUAAGCAUAUUCAAAAUACUGCAGAACAGACAAUUGGAAAGAUAUUACAAACACGAAAAAUUAAGUCUCGACAGAGUAUUACUUUGGUAGGUGUUCAUAUAAGGAGAGGUGACAAGGUAAAAAACAAUGAUGGAUUUAACAUCGCUACACCUGAGUUUUUAAACAGAUCUGUUAACUAUUAUGCUAAAAUGUAUGCAACUGUUUUAUUUCUAGUUAUAUCAGAUGGCAUGGAUUGGUCUAAAAAAUAUAUGCCCACUCAUGUUCCUGUAGAAUUUAUAUCCUUAGGUAAACGUGAAUUUGAUAUGGCAACUGUCGUUGCUUGUGACCAUACGGUCAUGACAAUAGGAACUUUUGGCUGGUGGAUUGGUUAUUUGACUGGUGGUAAAGUGGUUUACCUAAAAGAUGCUGCAAAAAAGGGUUCACGAUUUGAACGCAUACUUAAUUUUGAAGACCAUUUCUAUCCACAAUGGGUAGGACUUUAA